AUGGACGGCUCGAAACAAAACUUGAAAUCCGACGCCGACGAGAACGACCCCGAUGUCACCAAGAUUGAACUUGUUCAGCAUCACCUAGAGAAAAUGCACAUAUCAAAUGUCACAGCCGACGAUAUUAAGGACAUCUUGUCGACAAACAUUGCCCCAGACGACCCCGAGCAGACUGCCGAGUUUAUCAAGUUGGAACAGAAAUCCGCUUCAGGCAUUAUUUUGCCCUACGACCCCACAGUGCACAUGCUUGGUGCUGAGAAUCGAGGCAAUGUCACAUGUUACCUAGAUUCACUGCUAUUCGCCAUGUUCGCCAAACUCGACGCCUUCGAGUGUAUGCUCAAGUCAACCUUCCCGGCAGAUGACGCGAGACGAAAACUUGCUACAUUGCUGCGUAUAUGGGUCAACAUGUUGCGAUCGGGAAAGCUCAUUCGUACCGACUUGACAAAAUUAAUCCAAGAAUCACUAAGCGAUUGUGGGUGGGCCGAUGCCAAACUCCUGGAACAACAGGACACUUCCGAGGCUUUCGCUUUUCUCACCGAGACAUUGCAGCUUCCGCUUUUAUCCUUGCAGGUCGACCUCUUUCACCAAGGCAAAGGUGACAAGGAUGACCACAAGGUGGUAUACGAGCGACUCCUGAAUCUGGCUAUUCCCUCGGAUCCCGAUGGCAAGGGGAUUAAGCUUGAGGAUUGUCUCGAGGAAUAUUUCAACGCCAGGGUUGAUGUUUUGCGAGAUCAUGAAGAAGCAAAGAAAGGCAGCAUGGAUGAUAAGGGGGAUGGUUCACCUCUCCUGAGCCAGAAUACUAUCCGGCUCAUUCGGUCAGAAGAAGCAGGCACAUCACCUCUGGUUGCCUCGCCGGUUGAUCUUACGCCGUCACAGCAAUCUUUCGGCAAUCCCAUGGAAAGAAGCAUGUCCGAGGCCUCAGCGUCCCAUAGCGUUUUUCGGGUUCAUUCCCAGGAUGGCCCGUCGCACGAGAACCAAGGUACAGAGGAAGGCUCGCCAACUAGUCCCCGGAUAAGAUCUACUAGUGUUAUUCAGCGUGUUCUGGUGGACGAUGAUGGCCGGCCAACGGGCGCCGGGGGCCAAGUCAUGAAAAAACGAACCAAGCGCAAGGGUUCAACGGUCGUCAAAGCUGUCACAAUUCCUGCUUGGCAAUUCUUUCGACUGAUUCCCUGGCAUGCUUUGACGCCUAACGAGCCUAGAAGCGACUCUGAGGUGGCCUUGAAUUUCGACCAGAGACCAGUGGUUGGUAUCUGCCUCAAACGCUACGCCAUGACAGAAUUUGGACAAGCACAACGACGCAACACUUUUAUUGACAUCCCCGACAGUCUACGCUUGCCGCAUUUUAUGCUUGCCGGGGGCCCCAAGUUGGAGGAAGACCUCUAUGGGCUCAGCACCGAAUACAAACUCGUGCUUCAGUCCGUGGUCUGCCAUCGAGGAGAUUCCCUCCACAGCGGCCACUACAUUUCCUUUGCCCGAGUUGCCCCGAAGCUUCUGACUGGAAACCGACGGCACGAUUUUGACCCUCCUCCAGAUUAUGAGGAGGCGCAGUGGGUGAAAUUCGAUGAUUUGGAGGCGAAAAGUCGCAUCACCUACGUGGAUGACAUCAAGCAGGCGUUAAAGGUCGAGAUGCCCUACCUCCUGUUCUACCAAAUUGUCCCCAUGGUCGACAUGCCCCGCGCAUCAACAGACGGCACAGAGACAAACCCUCCGUCAUACAAUGAAUCUAAAACGAGCAUGGAGCUCAAUGGCGACUUGUCGUCUUCUGCAUUCGGCCGAUUGACGGGGCAUCACAGAGACGAUCUCCAAGCCAUUGACCUCGGCCCAAGAAGCAAACCCCCUAGCAUUCGGUUAUCUGCAGAUAUGGAUCGCCCAGCCAGAGGAACCUUUGACCCUUCCUGGGUCACUUCCCACACAGGCUCCACGCCCAAUGCCUCCCGCCGAGAAAGCAUGGCCAACACGGAAUCGCCAGCCGUCACCCCAGGCGGUGCUUCGCCCGUCAUGGCGCCCAGCGACGAGCCUACCGCCUCGAGAUUGUCCCGUGCUGCCUCCCGCUUCGCACUGGGUCGACAGAGCCGGCCGGAGAGCCAAUCGGGCGAGGGAAGACUCAGCUUCUCCAUGACCCGUCUAGGCGGACUCAUGAAGUCCAGCAAGGAGCCGCUCAUUGAGCCUCCCCCGUCCAACGGAUUACAAACGUCGGCUUCCAACUCUACAGCCCCCAUUUCAGAAACCUCGGCCAAAGGCCCCGACUCGCCUGUCGACGGGGAGAAGCACGGUGCUACCCCGCAGACACAGAAACAUAAACACCGUGGAAAGACAAAGGACAAGGACAAGGCGGAAAAGCAAAAGACCGGGGAGCAGCCCGAGCGAGAAUGUUCAGUCAUGUGA